AUGGAUUCUAAUGGCGUCGAUGAGCACCAGAUGAAGUUGGUGGAAGGAGCUGCUGGUUAUGUUCUCGAAGAUGUUCCUCAUUUGAGCGAUUACAUUCACGAUCUCCCCACUUAUCCAAACCCGUUGCAAUCGAAUGCUGCGUAUUCAGUAGUUAGGCAGUAUUUUGUUGAUGAGGAUGAUACAGUCAUGGAAAAGAUUGUUGUUCACCAGGACAGUCCUAGAGGGACACAUUUUAGACGUGCAGGACCGCGCCAAAAGGUGUAUUUCAAGCCAGCUGAUGUACGGGCAUGUAUUGUCACAUGUGGUGGUCUAUGCCCGGGACUUAAUACAGUAAUCAGAGAGAUUGUGUGUGGUCUUCACUUUAUGUAUGGUGUCACAGAAGUAAUUGGUGUGGAUUGUGGGUUUCGUGGGUUCUAUUCCAAAAACACUGUUACACUAACACCAAAGGUUGUGAGUGACAUCCACAAGCGUGGGGGAACCAUACUUGGUACUUCUCGAGGGGGACAUGAUACAUCAAAGAUCGUCGAUAACAUACAGGAUCGUGAAAUAAAUCAGGUUUACAUCAUUGGAGGUGAUGGAACCCAGAAAGGAGCAUCUGCAAUAUAUAAGGAAAUUAGACGCCGUGGACUUAAAGUUGCAGUCGCAGGAAUACCAAAAACCAUUGACAACGACAUCCCAGUCAUUGACAAGUCCUUUGGAUUUGAUACUGCGGUUGAGGAGGCUCAACGAGCUAUUAAUGCAGCGCAUGUUGAAGCGACCAGUGUGGAAAACGGCAUUGGCCUUGUCAAGCUAAUGGGCCGCUACAGUGGGUUCAUUGCAAUGUAUGCGACUCUGGCCAGCCGAGAUGUCGACUGCUGCCUGAUUCCCGAGUCACCCUUUUACCUUGAAGGCAAAGGAGGGCUUUACGAGUUCAUUGCAAAACGGCUCAGAGAAAAUGGUCACAUGGUUAUAGUAAUUGCUGAAGGUGCAGGACAAGAUCUUGUUGCUGAGAGCAUUGAAAAACAAGAUGCUUCAGGAAACAAGCUCCUUAAAGACGUUGGACUAUGGAUGAGUCUUAAAAUCAAGGAACACUUUGCGAAGCAGGGUAAAAUGGAGAUUACUCUGAAAUACAUUGAUCCGACAUACAUGAUCCGAGCUAUUCCAGCCAAUGCAUCUGACAACGUCUACUCUACUCUCCUCGCCCAAAGCGCAGUUCAUGGUGCAAUGGCGGGCUAUACUGGCUUCAUCUCUGGUCUUGUUAAUGGAAGGCACACUUACAUUCCCUUAAACCGAAUAACGGAAAGACAGAACAAAGUUGUGAUUACAGACAGAAUGUGGGCGCGGAUGCUGUCAUCUACGAACCAGCCCAGCUUCAUGAACCCUCCUAAAGAAACCACCGAGGCGACAAACUAA